CGAUCGUGGUGGCUUGACUUCCGCGGCUUGCCCCCCGCAGAUUGUCAUUCCUCCGGCUUGGCUCUCCUGCGGCUUGUCCUUCGUGCGGCUUGAUCUUCUGGCGGCUUGGGUCGCUGAGUCGCCAUAUUCUGUCCGACUCUUAAUCCGACAGAAGACUUCAUGGACUAUCCUUGGUCUUCCACCUUAUCGCGACCGCGUUGAGGACAGUUGGUCGCGAAAGACCAUUGUCCGCCGCGAUCCGAACAGUUCCACAAUGCCUCCUAAGUCUGGUCAGCAUAAUGGGAUCCAACAGGACGAAUCUCCCGAGGAUCCUCAGUCAGAUCGAGGAGGAGAGCGGAAGAGAUUCGUCAAGAGAUACAGGACUGAGGUUGCCGCGUCGAUCGGUAGUAUUUUGUCUACCUUCACGGCUUUCCCGCUGGAUUCUGUGAAGACUCGCAUGCAGACAUAUCAGUACAAAAGCUUCGCCGAAUGUGUCCGUUAUACCUACCAAACCGAGGGAUAUCGAGGUUUCUUUCGCGGUGUCACUGCACCAUUGGCAAGCGUUACUAUAGUCCGAACAAUCUCCUUCUCGGUCUACCAGAAAUCGAAAUACAUAUAUUCCGCUUGGUUUAAACGAAACUUCGGAAUUGAUCCUCUUGUCCAUGUCAAUACUCCUGGGACCUACCCUACGUUCUCGACAAUUGCAUGUUUCGGUGCCGCAGGAGCAACUGCAGGAUCCUUCAUAACACUUGUAGCAUGUCCGUUCGAGUUGACCAAGCUCAGUGCCCAGGUUUCGGUCCUGAUGGCAGACCCUAACAACUCGAGCUUGUCCGAGCCUACUAUCUCUCGGGCUGUUGCGUCCAGCUACCAAAACAAGGGCACUUUCAAAACUGCAAAGAACAUUGUCAAGCAUCGUGGUCUCAUGGGAUUGUAUUCUGGCUUUUCCCUUCAUCUUCUCCGAGAUACGUUGGGAACAGGUAUUUACUUCAUGACGUACGAAAGCAGCAAACAGCUGUUGACAACAUCCCGAGGCAGUCAGUCUCCUACACACCCUUUCGCUGUAGCUGUCGCAGGUGGGCUAUGCGGAGUUGCGAGCUGGGCACUGAUUUACCCGAUUGACUCCGCAAAGAGCAUUUACCAGAGGAACUGCCUCGCGUCAUACAAAGGAGUAAAGGCCAAAAAGGCUCCGAAGAUUGAGUUUUUCAAUAAAACAAUGUACCGGGGUUUGGGGGUUUCUAUGGGACGUUCAUGUGUUGUCAACUCCAUGUUCUUCUCCGCUUUCGAAUCCAUCAAGAAGCAAAUAAAUGCUUUGGAGGAUUGACAAAGCGAGGACAUUGCAAACUUUGGAGCCUGAGUCGUCCAGAAGCCCUAGGAAGGCGUGUGUAUGUAGUAACAUCCAAAGCGAGGUUGAGCGUGGUAUCGCCGAAUAUCAGAUGCUCGGAAAGCUACGGUGUUGCGGCGCCAUAGCUUACCCACUUGAAAUGCAGUGGUGCGAGAUUCGACCUAUGACUUACCUAGUCUCAGUGGGAUCUCGACUGCAAUGAAAUAACAUCAUGAAUCAUGAAUUGAGGAAAUCAUAGUGUUGGCUCUGGUUUGAGCCUUGUGACAGGCGCC